AUGAAAGGACAAAUAAUUCAUUACUCUGGUGAAAAUUACUUGACAGACAUUCCAACCCGUGUUGAUUUAGUCACAGAAAACAAUAAAGAAUUAACAGCAAUUAUUGAAGAUACUUUAUCUAAGCAUCAAGAUAUUCCAUUUAUGGCCAUUAAUGUGGAAGAGUCUACUGAAUUCACAAAUAGUCAAGUCUGGAAUUCAAGUCUUUUUUUAUAUUCUCAUACCAGAAGAUGA